UAGCUAGUGUCUCCAAACAGCGCUAAAAAUGUAUAUAUAUGCGUCGAACUCACGUAGAUAGAUUAAUAAAGCCAUAGUACUCAUUACCUAUGUCAAAAAGCUUAAUUGAAUGAGUUUCAAAAGUAUAACAUUUUAUCUUAAAUCUGUGUGAGCCCUAACGGUAGAUUCAAUUUCGUAGCAAUGCGCAUGCGCAGAAGCUUCCUUGGUGUCACGACACGUACUUCUGCUGUAACUCCAGACACGACCUACAGAGCGCUGGCCUGUUUACCUUGCAAAACCGACCCACCUGUCCAGGUACAGGGCAGCAGCCGAUCAGCGCACAUAGCAGUGCUGUACAGAGUUGAUGUGAUGCCAGAGGAUCAGGCAGUGCACUGAGCCUCUCAUGGCUGUCAGCACCAUGGACUCCGAGUCGACCCGAACACCUCAACCCGGGGCUGGCCUGACAAAAGGAGGCUCCUCCCUGUUGCCUGAUGGGAUUCUCGGCGCCAAGUUGGGUUCUCAUGGAAAGCACUAUGUCUGUGGCUCCAUGGCAGCCUUUACCAACAUUUUGGUGACCUUCCCAAUUCAGAAAGUGUUGUUCCGCCAGCAGCUGCACGGUGUGCUGGUUACCGAGGCGGUGCAGCAGCUGCAGAGGGAUGGGCUGAGGAAUCUGUACCGGGGCCUGCUCCCCCCACUGCUCCAGAAGAGCACCACAGUGGCCAUCAUGUUUGGCCUGUAUGAGGACUUCUCCAGAGUACUACAAAAGCACGUUUGCGGCAGCGGCGUGCCAGAGCUCGUCACACGAAGCUUUGCCGCGGCGCUGGCGGGAACCACAGAAGCCAUCCUCACGCCGUUUGAGCGCGUUCAGACUCUCCUGCAGGAUCAUCGGCACCAUGCGCGCUUCAACAACACAGCGCACACCUUCCGGACACUUCUGACCGAGUAUGGUGUCCGAGAGUGUUACCGCGGCCUCGUGCCCGUACUCCUCCGCAACGGUCCCAGCAAUGUGCUGUUCUUUGGCUUGCGGGGGCCCAUCAAGGAGCUGUUGCCACAAGCAAAUAACAAGGCAGGUCACUUGGUAAAUGAUUUUGUGUGUGGAGGGGUAUUGGGAGCAGCUCUCGGAAUUAUGUUUUACCCGCUAAACGUGGUCAAGGCGCGGGCUCAGUCUCAAGUCGGUGGAGCCUUCCAGCCGUGCCGGAAGGUGCUGUUAACGGUGUGGAGGGAGAGGGGGGGCAGCGUAAUCAUGCUCUUCAGAGGAGCCCAUCUCAACUACCACCGCUCACUGAUCUCCUGGGGGAUCAUCAACGCCACCUACGAGCUGCUACUGAAGCUCUUAUGAAAGGAGGAAUCGACAUGAUGAAAUAGAAGAUGUAUUCAAAGGGAACGCCGACAUGAAGAGGUGGGAGGUGUGUGGAAAGAGAAUUGACGACGUGAAGUCUGUGUGGUUGAUGUCUGACUCUGUUAUUCCAGGACUGAGAGAAGAGAGGGGCCAGCUAAGAGUGUAAGAUAACCACCUGCCAUUGUUACUUUUCAAUGUUGUAAUCAUAAUAAAAUCAAGAUGCACACUUUAGCCUUCACAUAAUUUGUGUCAGGGUAAAAAUGGUAAGCCCUUGUUUGGUCUGAGGAGUGAUUUUUACAGCAUCACUUGAUUUCCUUCACUGUUUUGUAGAAAAAUGUGUUUCUCUGUAUGUGCUGUGUGCUGUGGAGUUUUGAAAGUGACAUCCCUCUGUUCUGUCGACCAAAAGCACUUUCUCUGUCAAGCUAAAUUUCUGCCAUUUAAACACUUUUGUGCUUUUGACCAUUGAAAUGUCCAGAGACUAUUUGUCAAGAGAUUCUUGGACUUUUGCCUGUUUAUUUCUCACUUGCCGCUUAUUACAAGCUUAUGAUGAAAAUAUUAAAUUAUUAAUGCCUUUGAAA